AUGAUGGAGUCGCUUAUGCAGGAGCGUCUGGAUUCCUUAUAUACUCUUUGUCAUAAAGGGUAUGUGUUCCUAAGAGAUGCUAUCUCCCAAAAGGAUACAGCACUGGCAGGGCUUUUUGAUGAUGAGCGGUCGGGAUUUCAUGAAUGGGGAAGAAGCGCAAAGAUAUACCUGGCGCCUCAGACUCCGUUACGGACUGGUAACCUGGAGUACCGCGGGAUCCGGCGAUCCAUAUUGAAACUCCUGAAGCAAGUGGCUCUGGGGCUGGAGAACCAGAUGCAAGCCACCGCAGAUCAUAAGCCCUUGAGAGAAAUUGUUCUCUCGCCAGAGGCCGCCUUAAAUUUGUUCGUAUCUCCCACUUUCCGGGUCACUAAAAGUUGCUGGACGCGACACAAGCAAACGGAGUUACGAGCCCUGGUUUCAGAACUGGCUGCGUACAACGAAGAUCUUCUGAGACUGUUACGACGUAACCAGGAUAUGGGGAUUGCUCAGAAGCUCAUCCUAGAUGUUUUCGAUACCGCAACCCACACGUUUAGACCGGGAAACCCUAAGGCUGCGAGUAUAAUCGAGCUGCGUGAGAUAAACGAACGCAAUAUCUACGAAGAAAAGUUGGGAUCUGAGACAGGCUCUAUCGAAAAUACUAUAGCCUCUUCAUCAUCAAACCCUCCGCCCGCGGCAGUUGAGUAUAAUUUGGAGAUCCCCAUUUCCUGUUUCCAGGGCUUUGAGACGCCAAAGAUCCCCCGAGUGGUCAUUGAUUGUACAUCGCCUGAGAGCAACAUUGCAAAGUCUCCACUUACCCGGUAUCGUUAUGUUUACAAUUCAGAGAAGUCCUGGAGUGAAGAACUUGUCUUUGUAGAAUGGCGGUUGCGCAACCACGGUGUCAGGAAAACAUUUGACGCAGAAGCCCAAGCGAAGCGAUACAGUCACUUCGUUCGACUUCUACAACGGACUUCUAGGACUGACCCAGGACUCUGCACGCUACCCUGUUUGGGCUAUAGUUUGGCGACAGGACAGCUGCCUGAUGGUAAUAAGUGCCCUAUUGUGGGAUACGUUUUCAGAUUCCCAAAACACGCCAAUAGUACGGCCCGAAUAUUGACACUCGAUGACAAGAUCGCGUCCUGCCCCGGAAUUCUCGCUUCACCAAGUCCCAACUUAGAGAGCCGUUUUUAUCUUUCACAAAAACUCACCCUUGCACUAUUACAGCUGCACAUUGCUGGGUGGAAGCACAGGCAGCUCUCCAGUAGCAACAUCAUCUUCUUCCGGAAUGAGGGAGAUCGAUGGGACGACCUAAGCAAACCGUACAUUAGCGCCUGGCAGUGCCUUUCGGACGACUAUAUAAUGCAGGGCAACAAUACAGACAUUGAUAUGAAGUCAAUUCGAUUUUGGAAAGGCGAAGAUCUGAAAAGUCUUGCAGUCAUAUUGAUGCAGAUUGGACUUUGGGAAUAUCCUUGCAACGCAUACCACAGACUUUCGAACUCAAAUUUACCCGGUGUGUCCAUGGACUACCGCGGUCCUUUCUCACUACAACAUGUACAGUCUCUGUAUAGAGUCCUUGGGGCACAACUUAGAGCGAAAAUGGGCAGCCAUUAUGCCAAGUCUGUGAAGGAGUGCUCACAGGGCCCAUAUCUUGCAUCGUCACCUGCCAGCCUUGAGGAGCAUCUUUUCAAUGACGUGAUGCCGGGUUUGUACAAAUCUGUAAAUAACUAG